AUGCCUCCUAAAAUACAGGUAGUUCCCAAAAAUGGUAAAAUGAAGAUUAAAAUGUUUACUUCAGAUAAAUGGAUUAAGUUUUUUACAAACGCAGGCAUUCCAUCUCAAGUUUCAGCAAGUUAUGCCUUGUUAUUUGAUGAAAAUAGAAUACAAACAGAUAUGUUAAUUGAUUUGAAUGAAGAUUAUUUACGGGAAAUGGGUAUUACAAGAAUUGGUGAUAUUAUUGCUAUAUUAAAACAUGCUAAAAGCGUUCACGAGCAAGCAGAACGCGACAGAAUCCUUGAUAAGGCAAGAGAUCCAGUAGCAGCUGUGGCUUCUUUACCUAAAGAAGAAACUGGAAAAUCAGUACCAAUAGACACGCCUGAUGUCUCACAGGUUAAAAAGCCGGCUAGAACAGUUUUACCAGAGCACAAUGUAGGUUACAGAGUUAUAUUGCCACAAAGAAUAACGCAAAGGAGCAAAGAAAUACUUGAGAAGAAGAAAUAUAUGCUAUCCAAGCAAGUUGCAGCCAAGUCAAAACCGUCUAUUUUUAGAAGGCUAGGUAUGCAUCACAACUCGAGACAAGUCCAUGUUAAAUCUAAUCCAUCAACUACGUCAUCGGCUUCUGUAUUUAAUAGACUUGGUAAACUAGAAGAUGAGCUCCCCAAGCCCAAAUCAAGAAUAAUUAUCACUGCCCAAUCAACCAACAUAAAAUCUGUAAAGACCGCAAAACAACAUGUACGUUUAGUUGAAAUUUUUCCGAAGUCAAUAUGUGCAGAUCAACCAGAAGUAUCGACAAAAGAAAGAAUAAAUUUACCUAAUAAGAAGACUGAUAUUGUAAAUAAACAGUAUAAAAGUAUUAUAAAAGCAAUGUUAGCUUCAAAUGCUAAACGAGAUGCAAAUAAAUCUUUCAACCAUUAG